AAUAUGAGGGGUCGGAGAGGGGGUAAACGUCAUAUAAAUGGAUCCGUGGGCUUGUUAUCAAGAAGAGAACGUCAUUAAUUUCGAUGAAAAAAUAACAAAAUUCGAAGACGAUUUUAUUCCAGAAAACUACGACAGAUUACCCGAUCACAAAGAGUAUUUAGAGAUACUAGAGUCAAAGCUGCGUAAAAUUAAGACAAAUCCUAGCGUCCUUCAACAGAUUUUAGCGAAAAAGGACGCGUACAUGGUACAGUUAUUAACUGACGAAACGACUAGUUUUACUGAAUCAACCUGUCUGGACGAACCAAUUCAGAAUUCCCAACUUUUACGAACACUGUUACCUCAGAAACAGGCCUUAAAUCAAGGCGAGGUCGUGGACUUGAUUAAAUUUGAUCAAUUAGCUCUAGAAGUUGAAGAAGCUGAAAACAGCAGUGUUACUAAUAAUAAACUAGUCACAAAUCAAAAUAAUAUCAAGAAUUCUUCCUUAUAAAAAGUCAAGACUAUACUAAAAAAAUAUGGCAAAUGCUGUUAAUUUUUUGAAAAAAUCUAUUAUCGUUAUUACCGGCGCAUCAAAAGGUAUAGGACAAACGAUUGCAGUAGGUUUAGCUAGAAAUUUGUCCCAAAAUUCAAUUUUUGUACUGAUUGCACGUAGUGAGAAAGGUUUAGAGGAGACUAAGAAACAAAUUGGUGAAAUUGAUAAAGGAAUCACUGUUUUAACAUAUGUUACUGAUCUUUCAAAACCAAAUCUCGAGGUGUUUGUUGAUAUUUUUAAUAAAGUUCUUAAUUCUAUUGAUUCUACUGCAAUAGAAUAUGGGUAUGUCUUCCAUAACGCCGGUUCUGUUGGAGUUAUAAAAGAAACCACCGAACUUGGCGAUCUGCAAACUUGGAAGGACUACUAUGAUCUUAAUCUUUUUUCAACAGUUUUAUUAAAUAAUGUUUUCAUUCAAAAAAUUCGUCCCAUUGCUCCUCAGUUGGUAGUAGUAAAUAUAACGUCUUUGUGUGGUAAUAAACCUUUCACAAAUUUGUCAAUGUACGGUUCUGGCAAAGCAGCGCGACAGCUGUUUUUUAAGGUUUUGGCUGUGGAACAGCCCAACAUUAUUGUCCUGAAUUACUCACCUGGGCCUGUAAAAACGGAAAUGUUUGACUCAAUUUGUGAUACGGCCGAUUCGAAAGAACUGAGAGAUAGUUUUGAAAAAGUGAGAAAUACUUCGGUUUUAACAACAAAUCAGACAGUGGAAAAAAUGUUGGAGAUUUUAGAAAAGGGUGAUUUUGUUAGUGGGGAUGUCAUCGAUUAUUUUGAUAGGGUUUAAUUUGAUUUAUUUUAGCUAUAUAAUAAGUGCAUUUAAGAUUUAAGAUGUAAGAACCUAAAUUUAAGACCAGUUAGGUCACCUAAAUUCCAUAAAAUAAAAACUGCUUGUGUUUAUUUUAUAUCUUAAAUUAAAAAUAAUUAUCACCUUGGUGUUAUAUUCC